AAAAACUCAACAGGCAGCCUCCUCUCGACUCUCACGUAUCAACCUAACUCUCUUUUUCUCACGGUCUCUCUCAGAUUAGACACACAGAGACAGCUGAAAGUACAGCUUUAGCAAACAACAAUGGUUGAAUCGCCUGAACUGGAGGAAAUCAAUGGCGUGGUCUUGGAGGAUGGAACCAAGCGGACCCACCACAGGCAGACGCUGGACGGCGUUCUCCAAAGCCUGAUGGCUGCCAUCUUAGGCCCCGAUAGCGGCAGCAGCGCCGCCUCUGCUCCGCCGCUGCACCGGAUCAAGGUCGCCUUCUCCGAGCACGCCCCUCUCCUUCCCGAAGCUUUUCAAAACACGGGCCUCGACGUUCUUCACUGGGCUCGCAGCGGCAGCCCUUUCCGUGCCCUCCUCGUCAUUUCUGUUGGGACAAUUAUUUUUCUGGCGCUGACAGGGUUGCUGUUUGUUAUGCUUUUUUUUGUAGCCGCAACUAUCAAUGCCAUUAUCAUCUCUCUUCUCAUAUCUUUAGCGGUGGCAGGAGGCUUCUUGGCUUUUUUCUUUGCUUGCGUGACGGCCAUUUACAUUGGAGCAUUAUCAGUAGCUGUUUUUGUUAUUUCUACUGUGACAGUUUGGGCCACCAUUGCUGUUCUGAUAACGACAGGUUGGAUUGGAUUCCUUUGGGCUGUUUGGUUGGUGGUGAAGAAGAUUGUGGGCCUUGCUAAGCACUCAUUGAAUGAGACUGUAUCUGCAAUUUCGGUUCACCCUGCUGCUCCAAAUCACCACUCAGGCAAUGUUUCGGAUUGAAGAGCUUACUACCAGAGUUUGGACAUCACACGUGCCUCGACAUACUUAGGGAACUCAUGUAUGCAGAAAUCUUGUGCUCGUGUGUAAAUAUAUGCGUACAUGCUUCGCAUUGUACAAAAUCCUUUUAAAGUGCAAGUUAAAUUUUAGGUUUUGACAGGAUUUUAGUUAGAAAAAAAUGUGUCAAAAAAAUUCUUCAAAAAGGUAAUUAGAAUUGUAGAAUCUCCAAUGUUCACAUUUGACCUAGAAUAAGGAACGAAGAGGAGCAAUAAUCUCCA